UUGAUCCAAAGCCCUCCAACCUUGUCCAAAGCCCUCCAAAACGCUGCCAGCGUUGACCCAAGUCUCUUGUCAGGUACUAGGCCCCGGCGCCCGGUCCGAGGCAGGCGGAGGUCUACGAGCUUUGGGCGGAUCGGUGCGAGCUACAAAACUCUUGGUUGCACAAAAGCACGCUCGAGUGCCGAUUCACCCAACGGUCGCAGCAGGCCACCGGCUAUGUCGAGAGCGGGCGGCGUCAACCCGGAUGCUGACGGAGGAGAUCUGAACACGAUGUAUACCACGCUCAGCGAGUACCUGUUACUGGAGAACAAGUUCCAGCCUAGGCUGAGUCUGCCGGAGGACAGCGAGAACGGUGACGUGACUACCGGCGCGAGGGACGGAGCUGCUCACGUUCUGCGCUGUCUCAAAGUAUGGUUCGAUCUACCGGCUGAGGUUUUGGUCAACGCUAUCAAUCUGUUUGACCGUUUCCUCUCAAAAAUGAAAGUAAGGCCCUGCCAUGUUCCAUGCAUCACCGUCUCAUGCAUGAAUAUAGCAAUCGAUGAAUACGCUGACACAGUCAAACAAGCAAGGAAUGUCACUAUCGAGGAACUGGUACUCGUCUCUCAAUCAGCGUGUACAGCGGGCGACGUGUCACGCAUGUCGCUCGUAAUAAAAAACAAGCUGUCUCUAGCCGGUCACAGGUCGAUCACUGUACUACACUGGCUCAAGCUGUUCAGGAAGCUUGUAGCAGCUGCCAGCGACACGGUACUUCCGGAGGACGAGCUCAUCAAUCUGUUAGAGAUAGCAGUGUGUGACGCUCGCUGUGUCAACUCACGGACCAGUGAAUUGGCUUUGGUGCUUAUAUUCUAUAAACUAGAGCAACACUUUGUCAACUGGAGCCGUCGCGCGGCAGAGGGAGGUCCGCCUGUACCUGAGCAAGCAUACUAUCUGUACGAGUUCGCUGCGCAGCUACAGCAACACUGUCACAUGUCUGACGAGUCUCUGGUAGCGACCCACCAGCUGGUCCGCGACGUGGCCGCGCGCUAUGAGGCGAGGAUGAAGGCGCCGCACAGGCAGAGGCUGGUGUGGAGGCUGUCUGAACGAACACUGAAGGUGAGAGAGAGAGAAAGAGAUAGACUGACAUACACACAGAGACACGGUGUGCUCCGACCGACGGACCGUCUGACGUCUCUGUUGCCCACCAUCGAGGAACAACACCUGACGGCUGACGCUACGCCGAAGAGAAACAGAACCGGCAGCGAGAGCGAGGAGACCAGCGACUGGCCCUGCAGCCCGGUGUUGCCCGUCUACUGUGACAACUGA